AACGUUCACUCCCACAAUUCUCCUCCCCUCUCGCUCCUACAAAUUUGUCGAGAUUCCUGCAAUUGUACCAGUUAGAAGGAAACCUGUCUGUAGAAUCAAGCUUCCACCCAAACACCAUAGCGCUAUGACUUCAAUUGGAAAUCUCAGGGGAUGUUGGAUAAUUGCAGUGGUGACGCUUCUUGGUGCAGAUUUUGGAGUGACCAUAAAACGCCCUCGGAGCGACCCAAAUGUUCCAUUCCCACCUGCCUGUCCCACCUCUGAUAACCUCGCUAACCUUUGCAACUAUAGUAAUGAACGUCCCAGAUACCAGGACAGCUUCUUCCCAGCCUCUGGUGCCAGUCAUUUCCGCCGCCGUGGACAUGCCAUCAACCGCAUGGAGUCAUGGUACAGUUCGUGCUGUGGUGGGCUCGUAGAAAAGCAACCCAGUGAAGUCCUCUGCUGCGCCAAACAAGCUUGGAAACAAGCACUGUCUCAGUUCUGUGUGGAAGAAUAUUCCACCAUGACAAUGGCGUACGAGUGCUGUCAGUACAAAGGAGAUGCUCGGUGGAUCUGCUUCGACAGCGAGUUGCCAAACCCUGACUACAGCCCAAUUCCUGGCUACACUGCGCCUGAAAUGCCUCCAGAGCUGGGAUUCACCUUUGACCCAACUGCUUGCUAAAGGCAACAUUUAAAAAAAACUCAGUGAAAAACAAAAUAAUAGAGUACCAUGCCUUUGUCCUAGGGUGUCAGAAGAGGACAGGAAGUACUAGUUUGGGUAAUCCUCUCUAAGGGCAAAAUCACUGAGUUUUUUGUCAGCUUUGUAUUUUAAUCAGACUUUUCACUUUAACAGGGAGCAUAUUUCUUUGUUGUAGUUUAGAUAUUCACUUUUAGAACUCUAACAAAAUGUGUUCUGAGUGAUCUUCAAAAUAUGUUAUAUGUGGGACUUAGGGAGACAUGAAGACAACCUAAGCAAGUCUGUACUUGCACUAUGUCUCUGAGGGAGGGACAGAUUAGACUUGGAGUGAUGAGAGACUGGUUUGGUUGGGUGUGAAAUUUAAAUGUUAGAAAUUACUGAUAAAGGUUUGACUGUUCUAUCUGCUCUGAAUAUAAAUGACUUGCAAAAAUCACAAAUAAAUUUUUUCACAACAUCUUAACUGAGUUUUGCUGAGUGCUACUGUGAGAGGAUUGUGACAGCCAUGACCACAAACCACAUGAAUGAAUGAAGCCAACAUACAUCCUGUUUCAGCGAUUUGCUUUCAAAAUAAAUGAAGAAUAAGCUGUGCUCUUUUUAAGAAGUGCUGCAAGUAGCUUAAUCUCCCUACACUAUUUGAUUUAAACAUAUUUGAGCAACUUCAAUUGUGUUAAGCAACACAGUACUGAAACAUGUUAUUGUAAGAGUUUAUAACAUGGAUGUAUGUAGAAUAUAUUGCUUUCUUAAAGCUUAGACAAAGAAAAUAUAGAUCUUAGUUUCAUCAGACAAAUGUUAAAACUAAAAUAGUAUUUACAUUUUGAUGCUGUAUAUAAACUCAAUUCUGAAGGGACCUAUUUUUAGAUUAUAUGUCUAAUUUUUAUCCUUAUUAAUAGAAGAACACAUUUAUAAUUGCUA